CUGCGCGACAGCUCGGCUGAAGAGGAGCAGCGGUGGGCGCUCGAGCGUGAAUCGUUGCAGUGUGAAGCCGCUGAGCUCGCGCGCCAGCACGCGGAGACGGUUGCCUCCGCCGAACGGGAGAUCCGGCGGCACACGCUAGAGUUGUCGGAGAUGCAGAGGAGCGGCGAGCAAAAAGACGCUUUGCUUCGGGAGGCCGAGAGCGCAUUGUCGGAUCUGGCCGCACAGGUCCAAGCACUGGAGGAGGAGAAGGCUGCACGGCUGCUCACGCCACGACUUGGCGGCGCAAUAGAGUCUCGCCUGAAAAACGAAAGAGGUCCUACGUCGGCUGGAGCGGUGCGACCACAGACGAGUAACGCAACGCAGGACCCCGACCCUGAUGUAAUGUUGGACCCGGUCGUUUCUCGUGGUGCGGGAAAUAAUGUUGAAGACGGACGCGACGACGAGGACACUGAUUCUACUUGCACAAAAAAUUUUCAACUGUCCAAUACAGAAUCCGCGACCGCAGAGAGAGAGCCCGAACUCGAGACCGCAACUACCCGACAAGCAGGAGUGCGCGACCUUCAGCCAGUCCAGCUGCGCAGCAGAACUACGACAGGCGGUGUAGUCGUUGACGAAGAUGACAAGAAGCGGAUGCUGACGACGCCGUCGUCGACCACUGAGGGCUUGGCUCCUCAUAAGCAUCGUGAGGACCACGCAAAAAUGUCAGAACCAGUGCUCGUGCAAUCCUCGAGGACGGCAGCACCGCCAGCGAGCAGAGGUGCAGAUGUAGUCGACCAGAUGGAGCACCAGUUAAAGGCUGCACCGUUGGCAGAAGGGUUUCAGAAGUUGUUUUCCGGCGCCAAGUUCACCAGUGCUAGAGACAGCACAGCCCGUGAGGUAAGAGCUGAAGGAGAAGAUCAUGUUCAUGAUCCAGCAGACAGUGUCGUAGGUAGAAGAGCCGCAGUUGUGAAUGUUCUUUCUGAAGCAGGAGCAGAGGUAGAUGACGCCAGCGCCACGUCCUCUUGUUCCUCCUCUGCAUUAUUUGCAGAGGAAAAGAGUUGCCCGCCACCUCCUGAGCUGCAACCACGCGCGGCGGAGAGGGAUGCGCAAAUAAGCAGUUCGCUGAUCAUGAACGACAGUGCGAGCAGUAGUUGCACGGAACAACUGGAACAGCAGCUAGCGGCCCUGGAGGAACAAAUGAUGUGGUGUGCGUCGAAGUUGGCCUGCUCCUCUUCGUCGACUAGAAGUCCGUCGUCAGGUGCCGUCGUGUUGGCGCAGUCGCAGUCCUCGCAACAUCUCCCUAUCACGCAGCCCGAGCUGCUGCACCCCGAGGAGGAUAAUUGUGCCGAUGAAAUUGGACCGGCGGGCCAUCGGACAUCAAGGGCCACCUGCUUCUCCGCAACGUGCUCCACAGGCGGAAGCGAGCGCGAAGAUGAAACAGAUCGGGUUCUCCUCACCAUGUCGACGUCACAAAGCAGUGCCGCUGGUGUGGUCGGAUCCGCCUCCGCCAGACACUCUGCGUCGUCAUCUGAGCCAAGCAAGGGCGCUGAGUCCCAUGAAGGUGAAGAUCUGGCUGUGAGUAUCGACAGAUAUAAAAUUAUACCUGCCGGAGGUGCAGCUGCAGGAGCAGCUGCGGCCGACCCAGACGGUGAGGCGGGCGGAGUGAAGGUGCAGCGCGGUGGGGAAGUCGAAGUGGCACAGCUACCGCAUGACAGCAGAAUAACCGGAAUGCCCGACGAAGAACAAGGAAACGAACUGGCUGAGCUAAAAGAACGCGAAAGACCCACUGCAGAACAAGGACAAGGCGAAGACCUGCCUGGAGAAGUGGACAAUCGGUGUGCUCAGGACCACCUUCCUGAAAACGAGGCUGAGAAGAUCAAUAUCAUCCUCGAGCAGCAGACUGUCGAUGAUGAUCGGGUUGAGUUCGUGCGGUCCAUGCAUGCUUUGUCGUGUUCCAUGGAAGGGCUGACGAACGACCUAGCCGCGAUGAUGCAAGAGAAUGGUGGCAAGUCAACAACAUGUCCCCAAGAUCAAGAAGCACAACUACAAGAAGAAGAAAUACCAACUUCUACCGGGGAAACCGAAACAACUACGACAGCCGCAAGUGAUGUACUGCGUGCUGCCCGAUGUGAUGUUGGAGUUGGUGUCGCUCGACGACAAGAAGUACGAGAUCACUCGAACAAGCUGACCCCCGGCGUCGAUGAUGGUAGUGCAUUCCUGGUGUACCACGGUGAAAGUCAAAAUCUAAAUGCUCUGCAGCACUCAGUGACGUUGAAUGAGGCACCUGCACAGGAGGAGCCGUACUGGUACUCUUACGAGGACGAGGAGCAAUAUUUCUACUGGAACGACGCAAUAAACCACCAGCACGAGGACGUGGCCGGUUUUUACAAUGACUGCUCUACUGCACAAGCUUCCUCCAGCGACUCCUCUCGCGAUAAGUUGCACGCAUAUUAUCACAAAGAGGAGAGCUCCCAAAAUUACAACCCAGACUAUCACAAAGAAGAGUACAACGACUACGGAAGCUACUACCUCCAAGAGGAGUACGACUACGGUAGCUACUACCACCACUACAGAAGCACCGUGCCCCCUGACACUCGACACGCAAAGUACAACGCGGACGAUGGGUAUAGAAGCUUCUACGAGGAUGAUGAAAAUGCUCUUCAUACUGACGAAAAACAAGAUCAAGCACGGUUGGAAAACAAGUUGGGCGGGGCGGUCGUGGAUCCUUACACGAAUUCGAAUGAUAAAUUACUAUCGUCCACAACAGCUAUUACAACGGCCACCGAACAUAAACUCGCAAGUCUGUAUCUUCGGAACGCUAGUAGCACAACUACUGCGCAACACCAGUACGACCAGAUUAGCAAUAAGUCCAGCCAGAGCACCGGCGGACCUGGAAGCAAAGCUGUUUGCAGCUCCUCUUCUCAUUUGAUGGGAAGUCGAAAACAUCAAGUGAACCAAACAAGUGACGUCGUCGACAUAAGCAAAACUGUCGCUCCUGUUGACACCGCCUUCCACUCCGAGUCCGAGGCAAUUGCUUCGAUGCAGAAACCAUUGCCGACGUUGACCGGCGCCCAUAGUUGUGGCAUGGAGAAAAAGAAGAAUCAGAAACGGACGAACCAGAAAAUGAACAGCGAGAGGUCAGCCCAAUGGGAUCAUCUGUCAAGUGCCGUGGGAAGCAUGAUAUCCGGACUCUUUGGUACGACUCUAGCCGAGACUCCCUCACCGGUAGCCGCAUCCUUAGCAGCAUCGGCUCGGUGGGACGACGAGGAACAUGAGAGUGUCUAGUUGCUGCGUGUGCUGGUAGCGGGAACUACGAGCCAGCACCACCGUAACUGAAUGAAUCGACUGGAUACAUCAACCUAUUAGAAACUCUAUCAAAAAAUAAAAAAAUGCAAAUGUAACAAAGAAAGUAAACAAGAAGUCACCAGCAAACGUCAAGCAAGAGUGUAGCGAGCAUACCAAAAGAAAAAGUAGCAAGGAGGUGCACAGCACAGUAGGAAAGUUGUGCAUGUAUCGGAACUAUGCAAAAAGAUACACACGACUGGAGCAGUACUUUAUUUAUUAUGUGUGUCUGCAAGUAGGACUAGGAGAGCGACAGUCUAUUCAUUCUUCAUCUCCUUGACAUCCUAGAGCGCUAGCAUUACCUCACCAUCCAAAUAGAAUGUAUACAAAUGUAAAUCUUCUAUCGCUAUGACCCAAGAAGUGCGCAGCUUUUUACUUGUACAAACCACUGCAUUUAAUAGUUUUUGUACGAGCAGCGCCCCCGCAUGUACUCAGAUGUAGAUCCGGUCUAGACGAGCCUCGCUUCCGCUCCACAUUUUUCACGAAUCUAAGUACUCAAGGUCCUGUACGCAGUGCUGGUGGCGCUUUAGGGUGGAAGACAGAAAAAAUAUUUGAAGUAAAUUCCUAGAAGAGACAAAUUGCCCCCAAUUUGCGCACGUCAGGCUGAGGAGUGCGCGCGUCGUGGCUGUGAGCUGGAGGACGGAAUAGCACACAGCAGCCGAAGGAGGAUCCUGGCCCAGUGAUGCUGGCGAUGAUUCGCAGACUCAGAACAAGCGCAUGCGAGGCAGACCGUGCCACAUGGAUUUCCGUGAAAAGUAACCUUAAGACCAAAAAGAAUGUAUGAUACAGAUCAGCGCUCAGAAGCGUGCGGUGCUGCGAAAAACAGUGCCGAAGUAGUUGUAAGUAGAUCAACUAGAUGCAGAUGUUGCCACCAGCAGGAUUGAGAAUGACUGCCCACCCCCAGCAGUGUACAAGAAGAGGACAGCACCACUAGGAAUUUGUAUCUGCACGUAUUGGUGGAGCAGUCGCGGGUAGCCAUUGCC